ACAUUAAACCAGUUGACACCGGAAAUUUAACAGUUUCGGUUUUCAGGAAACCGGAACACGUGUUUUUAGAUUUAGUGCCAAACAGUCAGCGUGUAUUUUCUUUGCAAACAUCUGUAGCUGCUGUCACGCUGCCCACAAACGCUCUGCGCCUUUCAGACAUUUUCACGUCACUCUUCUUUCUUCCGAGGCGAUCACGUGACCUGCUAAACGUGGGUGAGCUGCAGAUACGUCUCCAGAAGGCUAGCUCUAAUGCUAGCUCGGGUACCUGACGCACUAACUGACUACUAGUGCCUCGCCGUGGACCUAACCCUUCUCCUCACAGCGCGUCGUUGAGAAUGUCACAGGCCACCAAACGCAAACACGUGGUCAAGGAAGCCCUCGGGGACUUUGUCACGCCCACAGAGAAGCAGCAGAUCGUGAAGGUCACCGGUAGCCGUGGCAACAACCUCCAUGAAGCAGUCACAGCCCGGGGUGUGUCCUUCCUGGUGAGCAUGCCCACCAAGUUCCGCAAGAACCUUUGGAUCAAGAGAGGUGACUAUGUGAUUGUCGAUCCCAUUGAGGAAGGAGAGAAAGUGAAGGCCGAGAUCAGCUUCAUUCUCUACAAAGAUAACAUUCACUAUCUGCAAAAACAGAAGCUCUGGCCAGAGGGCUUUACGGAGGAGCCGGACAAGACGGACAAAGAGCCGGAGAAGGCAGAGGAGACGGAGAAGGACGAGGACUUCAGCGGCUCCGACGAUGACGAGAGUGACCUCUUUGUAAACACCAACCGCUGUAACUACCAGUACAGUGAGAGUGGGGAGGAGGACAAUCCGGAAGAAGCAGAAGAAGAGGAAAGGACAGAGAAGGGUUCCUAGUGGCAACACGGAGGACGCGGCCCAUGGAGAGUUUUCGAAAGAAUCCAACGUGAGUUGCUGCUCACGGACUGAUUGGAAGUGAUGGUCGUCACCCUUCAGCUGCGUCUGGACGGCCCGUCGCUCGGCUCCUUGAACGCACUUCAAUUAAACGGAUCAGAAGUCUUGCUUGUUAAAUUAAUUUUUGGAAAAAGCUGAAAUCGGUCAUGUCCAACUUCAAGUGCCAGUUGGAGCUCCUUCUGAACACAAACUCAAGCAUGUUUGUAGUCUGAAGUUCGAUCCAGGGAUUGUGGGUACACUACAAGGUUUACAGUAUACCGCGGCCAUACAGGAUGUUAAUGUAAACCGUUAAUCCAUUCAACCCCCCCCCCUUUGAUUCCAGGACCAAGUUUAAAUCCCCCGAAUGGCACGAUUCUAAACCGUUCCCUGCAUGGCAGUCCACACUUUGAUCAUGUUUAAUUCUAGUUCUUAGUUUAGAUCAACACGUCUGGGGGCGUGUUUGAUGAUCUCCCCAGUGUUGGUGUCCUUUAACCAGAUUGGCUGUUACCCUUCCUACAGAUGUGAUUUUCAAACUAAUACAGCCGAUAGCAUUGAUGGUUUCAAAGAUGGAAAAACUGCUUUCAAUUGUGUCACUUUGUAUUAGUAGUUGGUCUUUGUAACGGAGUUUAACUCAUUUCUGUCUGACAUUCCUGGCUGAUUUUGCUUUGUUUCAUGAUAAACGCUUUGGAGGUCGAUUCAUUCUUAAGCUGUUUAUUUCCUUAACUUGGACUAAAAAUGGUCUUUUCGACUUCUUUAUAUUUCCAAGAAUUCCACAUCUCUUAGAAAGAAUAGCAAGUUCUUUAUUUCCCGCUCAGCCAAACAUUUCUUCCAAAAAACAUUGCGCAGAAAGGGAACACAUUUUUGCAGAUGUGUGAAGUAUUCAUUUACAAAAGAGGAUCUCAUGGUAUCGUGUGUGUGUGGAGCCAGUCCUGCCCAGUGCAACCCGUUCUACAGGGAGUGCCUUAAUGCAUUUAGUCCUUUACGUGUUGAUCAAUGAUUAAAAUCAACCGUGGAUAAAUGUACGUUUUCAGAAGGUAACAACGUCACGGUUCUUCCACUACGCACAUAAACCUGCAUCAUUAUAUUUAUUUUAAUAUAGCAAAUAAUUUGGUUUGCAUUGUAAUUUAGUGAAUCAAAGAUAAUUUAAAAUAUAUAUAUUUGGCACUGUUUAAGGAGUUUGUCUGUUCUAGUUGCUUUAGCAUGCAGUUUAUAAAUUUAGUCUUAAGUAUUUGUGUGAGAAUCUUAUUCAAUCCUAACAGCUAGACGGGCCUUAAUAGACUUGACCUGGAAGCUGAUUGGUUGGCAGUGGCUGCUCAGUCAUUCCAGGUGAUGUAAGCAUUGUGACAGGUUUUAUCUGUUGAACCGAUGUAAGAACUCGCUCCUCUUUAACAGCGGCUGCAGUAAUACGGUUGAUUUCAGCAUUCACUUUACACGUACAUAGGUCAUUCAAGAUUCUACUUGCCUUUCUGGCAGUAAAGCUCUACCGCUUUUGAAGUUAGAAAUCACAUUGUUUCUCUUACAAAUAAAAAAAAGUGCAAUUCAUAAGCAAUACAACAUAAAGGCUCAAUUUGACACACUCUGCUGCUGCAGCCUGCUUCAGACGACGAACACUAGUUCAACUUUAAACU